AUGGCGUUAGCAACCCGCAGCAGCACAUCGAAAGGAGCCGGCUCUUCCAAAUUCAUCUCGCGUCGGGCAGACGCCUCCGACGAACAGAACUUACGCCUACGAACAGACGCCUCGAAAACAUGGGCCACCAACACAACCUUUCAGCCUUCAUCUAGGAGCUCAGCCCCAGACGAGCCACCUCGAUUCAUCAUCGAUCUUUCUCUUCCGCCAGAACAAAGAUACACCGAGGUGUGUCAAGCAUUCAAAAAGGAGGUCCAGAACCUCCCGCCUCUUUUCGAUGAGGUCGUUGGAGCUUCCAAGUGGAUACAUCGUCUAGCUUGGUUGUUUCUAGGAGGACUUUACGACAAGGAAGAGACCAGGGAGCUGAAAGGGAUCAGCCAGGCGACCGGAGUGCAAAUGUACCUCUUCGUCUGCUUCAACGUCCUGCUGGACUUGCUCAUGGGCUGCUCAAGUGGUGGUGCAGCAGUGCGGAAUGAAGAGCAAGGCUUUGGAAUAAAGAUGGUUCAUUUCAGAACUCUGGAUUGGGGAAUGCCUUCACUGAGAAAGGUCGUCGUACAGCUGGACUUUACAACAGAAACGAAUGGCCCGAUUGUUGCCUCUAGCAUAACGUACGCUGGGUAUGUCGGUGCUUUGACAGGCGUGAGGAAGGACUUUAGCAUGAGUCUCAACUUCAGACCGAGAAGGAAUGACAAGUACAAGUUCUGGCCUGAUGUCAAGUACUACUUGCACUUAUUACUGGUGCUACUGGGCUGGAGGCGGAGCAUAUCUAGCGAAUUGAGACAAUUCCUCCUGCCGAAGCGAGUCGGGAAUCGUUUAGACUGGUGGCGCUACGCCGACGUAUUACUCAAGGUGGGCGGUAAGCACGGCGCUGGUAGAUUGAGGAGCACARCUUGCUACCUUUGUUUCAGUGAUGGGAAGGAGACGACUGUUGUGGAAAAGGAUCUUACCACUGCGGUACUCAGGUCGAACAACGACUUUAUUGUCAUCACGAAUAGCGAUGUGGAGAUGAAUGGAGGUAUUGCAGAGGAGGGAGGAGACGCCUCAUCCCACGCCGGAGCACUGGCUGAGCUUGUGCACGAUGCCAUCGACAGGCGGCAAUGUGCUGAGCACAAUUACACUAAUAUGAGAGUUCUGAAGGGUGMGAAGCCGCCUUCCAAUGGACGCGAGGAAUGGAGGACGGUAUUGGAGGUGGACGACAUCGUGCAGCUUUGUCAAAAGUUUCCCACGACGAACGAAUGCACGCAUUAUGCCUGCGUGAUGGAUCCUUUGCAAGGCAGAGUGACGUGGUGCAGGAGGUGGAUGAAACCUGUUUCUGCCAAAUGGAUCAGGGAGCAUCAAAGUCAUGCCCGGUAG